AUGGACAUUCCGAAGGCCCCUUGUGCGGACAUUAAAGAUGAGGAACGACGAGUCGGUGAGGUAGUUAAUAUAACUGCAGCCUGUAGUCCUGAGGAGGAGAAAGCAGUGCUGCGGAAAAUUGACAUGGUCAUUUUACCUUUUCUCUGCUUCGUUUUUUUCCUACAGUACCUGGACAAGCAGAGUCUCAGCUAUGCCGGUGUAUUCGGCCUCAUGGAGGACCUGAACCUGACGAACGCGCAAUAUUCCUGGUGCAGUUCAAUCUUCUAUGUGGGACAGCUUGUUUCCGAAUAUCCCUUCAUUUACCUUAUGAGCCGACUACCUCUGACGAAAUUUGUUGGAGUCACGGUGAUUGUUUGGGGUGGGAUGUGUAUGUGUCUUGCCGCACCGAAGACCUACAGCGGAUUUGCCGCCGUUAGAUUUCUUCUCGGCUUCAGUGAAGGCGCAGUCUCACCAGCCUUUGUCACAAUCACAUCGAUCUGGUACUGUCAAAAGGAGCAUACGACCCGCACUGCCCUCUGGAUCUCCAUGAAUGGCAUGGCGCAGGUCAUCGGCUGCCUGUUAAUGAGUCUGCUUCUUAGUGCUCAUGCCGAGCGGGCCCAACGACGCAUGGUUUCUCACGCCCGUGAAAAAGAAGUUCUGCGGCAACGCAUGGCGCAUGACCAUGAAGGUGGCGAUAAGACGUCGUUUUCCAUCUCACAACUCAAAGAGACACUCAUAGACCCGAAAGCGUGGUUGGUCUUCUGGUUCGGAGUGCUGGUAACGAUGCAGUCUCCCGUAUUGACCUUUGCGUCCCUCGUCAUCGAGUCCCUCGGCUACAGCAAGCUGGACACAAUGUUAUACACAGCGCCCUCUGGUGCCGUCCAAAUGGCCUUAUUAUGGAUCGGAGUCGCGCUCGCCUCUAUCCUCCCUCGCCAGCGGACACUCGUUGCGCUGAUGCUCAUCAUCCCACCCCUUGUUGGCACCGUCUUUCUGCUGAAGCUCGACUUGAGUGCGGAAUGGGGUAUGAUCGCCAUGUCUUGGUUGUCCUCAUGUAUAACAGCCUCGAUGUCCAUUCUUCUCUCCCUCUCUGCUUCCAAUGUGAAGGGCAACACAAAACGUGCUAUCGUCAAUACGAUGUUCUUCAUUGGCUAUUGCGCGGGAUGUAUUGGAUCUCCGCAGUUAUGGACUCAUCGACCCCGCUAUAACGAGGGCGUUAUCACAUCUAUUGUUACGUGGUGUCUGCUGUUCGUCGCGGUGAUUAUCUACCGCUUGCUGUGCAUGCAGGAUAACAAGAAACGAGAGGCAAAUGCCUGUACCGACAUUGACCCGAGCGGAGGAGAUAUGUUGGAGGAGAAUGGGCUACAAGCAGCCGAUGUGACGGAUAAGAACGAUCCGUCUUUCCGAUAUGCCUUAUAG